AUGGAACCUCCUCCUGUCCCCGGGACCCCACCUUCCUCCUGGCAGCACGUCUGGCAGAAUACGCAGCCUCGCCUAGCGCAGAUCCGGGGCGAGCUACUCUCCGCAACCACACCAUCUGCGCGCGUCAUACGCGUCGGGCAGGUGGACGCAGAGCUGCUCGACCAAGAGCUCGUGCAGCUGCUCAAGGAGCCGCUUGUGAAGGCGCUCGCCCAAGUAAAUUCCGCUUGGAGAUCCCGUCAUGAUCCUGAGCUGACGCUGCUCAUUGAGUCUGUGCUCUACAAGUUCUCCGUAUGGGACCAAGGUGCAAGUUUUGGCGCGAAGCUACAGGGCCUCAAGUACGAGGUUCCGAGAGUACUUACCGAUUCCAACCUCCCUGUGGCAGUUUGCGGCCUUCCACGCCGCACGCUUCUCAUCCACGGUGUCCUUACAUUGGUGUUGCCUUAUGUACAUACGCGCGUUCGUGCGUAUGCGCUCUCUAACGCCUGGCCCGAUGCUCCGUCGUCAGAUAGGCGACGCAAGGCUUGGGGACUUCUUUCGCAUCUUGAAUCCAUGCAUGCCCUCAUUGGGCUACUGAAUUUCGUCACUUUUUUGUGGGAUGGUCGGUAUCGGACGUCAGUAGACAGAUUGCUGGGCAUGAGGUUGGUAUCAGCUCGCAGACUUGCUCAGCGUGACGUCUCGUACGAAUUCAUGAAUCGCCAGAUGGUCUGGCAUGCGUUCACGGAAUUCUUGCUUUUCCUUCUCCCGCUCGUCAAUACGCGUGCCCUCCGGCGACGCGUCGUCUCCUUCCUUUCGCAAUUUACGCUCUCAUCUAUCGUGCCCGUAUCUCUGCGCUCUCUGCUAGGUCUAUCCACUGCACGCAAAGCAGAUUCUACUCAGAAGGGCAGAGGGAAGUAUUAUAAUCUCCCCGUCGACCAGUGUGCCAUCUGCGUGGAGAACGCGUCGCCAAAUUUCGCAGACCCGACCAACGUCCUGAGCUCGCUCGCCGCCAUCACAGCAGCGGAACCCCCGGCUGCGACGGAUUCGAACGACGAGCCCCCUGCGCAUCCAAUCAACACACCAUACGUGACGUCGUGCGGUCAUGUAUACUGCUACUACUGCCUCACCGACCGAAUGAUGCGCGCUGCGGACGAGCGCUCUGGUGUGGGCCCAGGCGGCACGCAGUGGGAGUGUCUGCGGUGCGGGGAGGGUGUGACAAGCGCUGAUAGGGUGGAGGCGCAUGUGGAGGGACCGAACUAUGAGAGUGGCGUGGAGGACGAGGAGCUGGACUAUGAGUACGGGAGCGAGGACUUGGAAUUUACGGAUAUCAGCGGGAGUAUAGGGACUUACAGUUGUCAGCGGCGAACACUAGCCGAGAGCAAUAUUGCAGCCACAGACGCGUGUGUGACCGAACGCGUAUUCGCGUCACGACGCGGCUGUCACUUUUCUGACUUGUUCCAACACCACCACCUUCCUCCCACCGAGGCGUCCUGCGACAUGGAUCAGCAAGUACAAGACUACCUAACUAAACAGUUGCUUAUAGAUAGAAAUGUGGUCACUUUCCGUUCUCUCAGCCGCCAGUUCAGCCUUCACGUAAACGCCGCUAAAAAUAUUCUCGCCAUCUUCUACGGUGUCCAGAAACAAUCGUCGGAACCUGUGUAUGCGACAUACAUGCUUACAGGUGAAGCGCCAAUGGUGCCUGCAGAACGCACUGCGUUGUCAGAGGAGAACGGAACAGACGUAGAGAUGCCAGAUGCCACCCAGGACUCUGCGGGGCAGGACGACGCCGCCAUUGCCGUACCGCACACCAAGGUCACGCUCGUCAACGAAGCAGAGCUCGAUAAUGCUAGAGCGCAGUACACACACAUCUUCUCGGAGUACAUCCACACCCUCACUCCUGCGCCAUUAGUUGACGCGGCCCUCAUAUGCGCGCCGUCAGACAAGGUGUACGAGGCCGAUGCAAAGAUGUCGCCCGAGGCCUCCAUGCUCAUCGGCAGGAUCGUUGGGCCUCAUGUUGGGAAAUUCGCCCACCCAGUCGCAUCCUCCUCCAAGGCGCAGAUGGCUGCCGUUCGCAAAGAGACGCCCUCGAUCGGGAAUUCAGAUAGGGAGCAGACAGGGGACCAAAAGAUGAAGGGCAAGGAGAAAGAGAAGGAGUCGACUGCGCAGAAACCGAAGGCAUCAGGCGCGCUUGACUGGAGCAAGGCAAAACUCAAGCAGAAGGAGCCUGGGCGGAAGGAGAGACCGAAGGAGAGAGCGACCGAUAAGAAAGCAGUAAAAGAGGAGCCUAAGGAGGAAGACAAAACUAAAGUGGGAGUCAGCGAGCGGAACGAUGCGAGGAAGGAGAAAGACGCGAAGGCCGGACGGGUCACUCCCCCCGCGAAGGUGGAUACUCCGAAACCUCCGCAGAAGAGAGGAAUCAAGCGCAAAUCGAUCCUCCCCAUCGAAUCAGACUCGGAAGACGAAGAUGCAGCAAACACGUUCUGGUCAGCGUCAUCCCGUCCUCAAGCCACGAAUGGCACGAAGGCGAAGGCGAAUAAGGGCGUGAUCGUAUCGAAUGACGAAAACGGCGACGAUGUCUCGAUCCCUCAGAAAUUUACGAAAGCGAAAGCUGUGCCGAGGCGUUCCAUGUCGGACGCAGAGAAGAGCCUCCGGGCUAUGAUGAACGUUGAUGACGGAACAGAUGAAGUUAUCAAAGCAUCCCGCCCAGAGUCCAAGGCCCCAGAACCACAGGACGAAGACACGGAGAUGGUAGACGACACAGAGCCCGUGCCCGUCAAGCCAAAGACAAGCAAGAAAAAGAAGGAGAAGAAGGUCGUCCCCGUCGGACGCAACGGCCUCAAGAAACGGAAGGUGAUGAAGACUCGCAUGACCAUGGACGACAAGAGGUACAUGGUGACCGAAGACUAUUCUUCGUACGAAUCCAUCGAUGAAUCAGAGGCGGUUGAAGAACCGGCCCCGAAAGUCAAACGGAGCGCAUCCGCGAAAUCGAAGAAGGCAUCUAAGCCCAGCGAGACGAAGCUGAAACUGAAGGAAGAGUCCCACAGUAAGAGCAAGUCCUCCGGUGGCUCCAAGGUUCGCAAGCCCGGCGACGGCUCGAAGGUAGGGGGCCAGGAGAGCUUGAUGAACUUUUUCGGGAAGAAGUGA